AUGCUAUUGAAACCUCACACUUCAGGCAGCCGUAACAUCAGGGCUUUGUGCAGUGAUCUAUCGCAAACCUGGUCUGCUAUUGGACGUCGAGAGCCUCUACGUUAUCUACGGGCAUCAUGUCCUCAAGCGCGUCGGCAUCUAUUUGAGUUACAUGCUGGCCGAGAAGUUAAGCAUGUACCACCAGAUCUGCAAAUUGAACAGAUUAUACCCGUCCCAUCAGAGAAAAACACACAUUGGCACACAACAUCCGAAGAGUUGAUAGAUGCUCUUGGCCCGGUAGGACAGGAGUAUGCGACGCCAAAAAUAUACGCCCAGAAGGCGGACCUGUCAUAUAUAGAUGCUCACACUGCGACCAAUGAUUAUGCGCAAGGAAGAAGAGCGGCUGCCGAAGGCAAAGCAAAUUUAGAACUCGUAACGCCUUCGUCGUGGGAUGCCAAAAAUUUGCUGGCUCGUUAUAUUCGCGAUGUCUACCCCAUUCUUGGAUUUAUUGCCAGGACAAGAGCUUCAUCACACAAUGCGAAAUUUUACGAUGGAGCUUUGUCUGUUUUCACAGAGACUCGCAGUCUUCAGUGGCUUCAGUAUCGUGGAUGGGACAUCACGGACUUGAUGAGCUGGACGUGGAUACUGACGGCAUCUUCGGCGGACCUAGCUGCGCGAAGAUUGGCUAUGAUCAGUGAGGUAUCUACAGGGAAACACAAGAAUUUACCAGUUCCUCACUUCUUAUUCGUCUUUCUGCUUCGCCGCCAAAGAUUUUCUGCCAGAGGCCUACGUGAUCUCUUGACCUACGCUUGGAGGUCAGUCGAUCUUGCGUCUCGUCGAUUGCUCCAAGAAGGAGGCUAUGCGAGCUUGUCCGCACACCUUGACCUUGGGAAACCUCUUCCUGAAAAAGUCAUAGCUAGCCCCAAGGAAGAUCCUUCUGGUUUCCAAGAGGAUGUUUUCAUUGUGAUGAUAAUUCGACUCCUUCGGCGUGCUCGAGAAGUGUGGCCUGCAGCUUUUGAAAGCAUCACGGCUUUAUGUUGCAAAUUUGUCAAUGGGAAGAAUUUCCAAUCAACAUUGGCACCGUUGGAAUAUGAUCCGAGAUUAUCAUCAGCAUCAACGCCAGGAUUCGGAGAGAAUGAAAUACCGGAUCGGGCUCGACUUAGCUUCAUAUACAACACCAUGCUCAAACUGCUUGCGGUGCCAGUAUCAUCUCACCCCUUUGUCUCAGCGGUACAUCAAUUACGAGCGCAGUCCACAAUUCUUCAAAGGAUGCAUGAAAAUAAUCCUCCGUUAGUGGUCGAUAGGAGAGGCUUUCGUGCUGUCACUGCUGUUCAAUUGAUGCAAAAGAAGACACUCAAGGAACGGGAAUGGGCUGCUCUUAAGUCAAAGUCUUGGCCACCUUGGAAAGAAGAUCGAACAGGUAUCGAUGCACUGAUCGGCAUUGAACACGGGAGUAGCCAGGCAAAUGAUAUACUCCAAAAGGCUAGUGAAGCCGGCUACGCCAAGGAGGGUUGGGAGGAUGCCGCAACUAUUCUCGCAGGCUGGGAUACCGAUACAAGUCCAACCAUUCAAACACGUAGUAUACUUGUUCCCGAGACACUAGAUGGUGAAAUCGAUACAGUCUGGGUCAACCGCAUCAAAGCCACAAGAACCUUGAAUGAGGCUUGGGCCAUUUAUCUGGAAUGUCGAGACAACGUAGAAAGGCCGGACAUGAGUGUUUACCAUGCGAUGCUAUGCAAAAUAGUACAAUCAGCGCGAGUAUGUAGAUCAAGCAAUUCGACUAAAUUCAGCACAUCCAAUCCGUUGCCUGGCGAUGGUACUGAAAUUUUCGAAGAGCCGGCAUUACCUAGAGACAACGUCUACAUUCGAUCAGAGCCACCCACCGCCGAGCAAUUCUUUGAUAGCAUGAUCAGUGAAGGCCGUACUCCAAGCAAGAUAAUCCUCGGACUGUUACUGGCAAAUGCGACGAGCUUGCCGAUGGCAUUCAAAGUCCUGGAAGCGGGCCAUUUGCCCCGGCAGUGUAAGGAAGCACUGCUUGGUGGCUCUACAAAUUUUGAAGUAGAGGCCGAAUAUCAAUUUUGGCUGCGACAGAUCCCACCUGUCCUGUUUGACUCCUUUCUUCAAGGACUGUACCGGCAUUGUCUCAGCUCUGUCAAGCGUCAUGGUCGCGAGGGUCCUGUACAUGGCCAGAAAAGCGCACCGGAAUCUCAAGGAUUGAUUCAAAACCCAUUGAGCUACGCAUUCAGAUUAAUGCGAGCUGCCAAACCAACUCGCGCAAAACCCUAUGAGCAUCUCCUUUUCACACUUUCUCGUACAGGUUUGAUUGUCAAUGUGGACAUGCCUAGAGCUCCUGCGCCACUUCAAGAUAUGUUAUCCUGGCAGAUGGCCUUGGAGAUGCUCGAACAGAUGAGCGAGGUCAACGCAGUACCUGAUGCAGCAGUGUUCAUAGGAGUCUGCAAGUGCCUGGAGAAAGCAUUGUUCGCUUCUGCUGCAAUCUUUACACAAGAUAACCCUUCCAGAUGGUCCGACGCCACUCAGCGUUCGGCCGCCCAGGUAUCACUGAAAGGGGUACCACUAGUGAAAGAAAUGUUCAAGAAUUGCGUUCGCUCAACAGUAAUGCGACAAGAAGUACCUCCACAUCUCCUACAAGAGAAGGCUACUCUAGAGUCUGAAGUCGAGGACGAAGGAAGUCGGGAUGACAGCGGGGAAGAAUCUAUAUCAGAUGAAGAUUCCUUGGAAGACAAAUCUCCAUUCCUACCGUCAGCAUGUCUCCUUCCGCGCCUCCUUGAAGUUCCACGACCAGCUCACCUCCACCGAUUCAUCCGCGUCCUCGGCCUUUCGUGUGACUACCACGGACUCCUGGACCUCAUCGAAUGGAUGGCUCUCUUCAGUGACGAAUUGAAAGCUCAUGCUAAGGAGCAGCGGGGUGGACUUAAGACCUUCCGUCGCGCUUUGGUUGCUACCAGAGUAUUUUUGGAGAGAAGCUGGGUCUACUACGAGAUUCCUGGGCGAGAGAAUGUUGUUCCUAUCGUAAGGGAUGUUGAGCCUUCCCCGCGCGAAGUAUGGGAGGCGAUCAGGCACGUGAUUGAGAACAUGCCGUGGUGGGGAGGGUGGCCGAGGGAUAAGGAGGUGGAGGAGUAUGUCAUGGAAGGACACUUUAUGUAA